AGAGAGAGGGGGAGGGAACCAAUGAACAACCCAGAAAGAAACCGAGACAGCAUGUUUGCGAGCGUGGUGAGGUGGAGUCGGGAAGAGAGGAGCAAGUGGCGAACACUUGUGAAAGACCAGUCAACUCAGAAUCCUUAGUAGAAAAAAACGCGUUUUCAGAGUUUUUAUUACAGUCAAAGAGCCUCCUUUCGAAGAACAUCUAACGAACAAAAAACAAGAGAGAUGAAGUACAGGAACAACACCUCUUCUUCUUGUUAUUAGUUUUUUUCUUUUCUUGGUUUUCUUCCUCGGCGAUGAAAAAUACAUUCCUCACCUUCAACAUCGUAUGGAAAACCCAGCGACGACGUCGAGCUCAGCUGCUCUUGCGACGACCCUCUGCAACGCAAUUCAGGCUCUUGGUCGAGGCUUCGAUGUUACCUCGGAUGUUCGACUUCUCUACUGCAAGGGAGCUCCUGGCUCUCGCCUAGUUCAUCUCGAUGAGAACAACACCAGGGAUCUCCUAAUCACUGACGAUUUGGUUCUUCCCAAUGUUUCCUUUGAUAUCGAGCUUUUCAGUGGGAAGGGAAAGAUGGAGACUAGAGCGGCCUGUAGCUUUCACGAGAUGGCUGAGCAUUUCAAUAAGAAGUCGGGUAUAUCUGGCCGUAUUCCUCUUGGAUGCUUUAACUCCAUGUUCAAUUUCACUGGUUCUUGGCAAAUCGAUGCAACAAAUACAAAAUCUCUUGCCAUGGUUGGACAUUUUAUUCCUCUGUUUACAGUUAAAUUGGCAAAGACAGAUUUAAUUUUACAUGACGAUAUCAAGCGUUCUGUUCCACAGACAUGGGAUCCUGCAUCGUUGGCGAGCUUUAUUGAAAAUUUUGGUACCCAUGUCAUUACUUCUGCAACAAUUGGUGGUAGAGAUGUAGUUUAUGUCAAGCAGCACCAAUCAUCUCCUUUGUCAGCAAUGGAAUUUAACCAAUACCUCAAAGAAAUCAGUAAUCAGAGAUUUGACUUGGAAAACCAGCAUAGUGCUCUGGCAAAAUACAAGGUGGAAGAUCCAUCUUAUUUUAACAGCCGAGAAAUACAUCCUCACCUUUCUACUGUUCCAUCUAUAAGUGGUAAAGAGGAUGUUACUGUCAUUUUUAGGAGAAGAGGAGGGGACGAUCUUGUACAGAGCCAUGCCAAAUGGUUAGAAACUGUUAAUUUGGCACCGGAUGUCAUCAGCAUGACGUUUUCUCCCCUUGUUUCACUGCUGGGAGAAAUGCCUGGGAUAAAACAUCUGGCCCGUGCUAUUGACUUGUACUUGGAGUAUAAACCACCUAUAGAGGAGUUACAAUAUUUCUUGGAAUUUCAAAUUGCACGAGUCUGGGCACCUGAAAUAAGUAAUGUUCCAGGAUAUCAGCGAAAGGAGCCUGUGUGUCCAUCCCUGCAGUUCAGCCUGAUGGGCCCCAAGCUUUAUAUCAGCACAGAUCAGAUAACAGUUGGUCGUAAACCUGUCACUGGACUCAGACUUUGCCUUGAAGGAAGCAAGCAAAAUAGACUCACUAUCCAUUUGCAGCACCUGGCAUCUCUUCCAAAGAUCCUACAGCCGCAUUGGGAUUCACAUAUGGCCAUUGGGGCACCAAAGUGGCAAGGUCCUGAGGAACAAGAUAGCCGGUGGUUUGAACCAAUCAAGUGGAAAAAUUUCUCCCAUGUAAGCACAGCACCCAUAGAGCACACUGAGACUUGUAUUGGGGACCUCUCAGGCGUUCACAUUGUAACAGGGGCUCAGCUGGGUGUCUGGGAUUUUGGUGCCAAAAGUGUCCUAUACCUGAAACUUCUCUUCUCCAAAGUACCAGGCUGUACAAUAAGAAGAUCAGUAUGGGAUCAUAGCCCUUCAAAUACUCUUGCACAGAAGGUCGACAGUCCAUCUUCAUCGUCCUCUAGUGAGAGUAGUUCAGAUGAUAAAAAGGCUGAUAGUUCAGGUCAGACUGGGAAGCUGGCAAAGAUAGUGGACUUAACAGAGAUGUCGAAAGGGCCACAAGACGUGCCUGGUCACUGGUUAGUGACGGGUGCCAAGCUUGGGGUGGAGAAGGGAAAGAUUGUGCUACGUGUAAAGUACUCCCUACUGAACUACUGAAGAUACGUUGUUGUAGUACUGUAUUCCCCGAGUUCCUGACAGCACUAUCAGGCAUUUUUUUUUUUUAAUUUUUUUGCACAGUCAACACACUUGUUCUUUCGUUCUUCUGUAAAUACUUCCAGUUUUCUUAGUGUCUGAUUAUAAAUUAUCCGAGGCUCUGUUCUUUCGAGUUGGUGCUAAUUUUUUGUUCUAUGGAUGAACUGUUAGUUUGUUCUGAUAAAUAUUGUUAUUUCGGAAUAAUUUCUUGUAAAUUCUCAAUGUGGUUAAAUUUGACUGCAAGCAACGAAUAGAGAUGAGAUAAUGGGCUCAUUUGUUGUAAUUAUAAUUCCUGUUGCCACCCCAGAAAGAGACAAUAUUUUGAUUAUGCACCCAGAACAAAAACAUGUCCGGAAGCAGCUGUUGUAGGCAUAAAAAACUCCUUGGUUCCAUGAUUCCACAUAUGAUACCGUUUGAUCUUCAUUCUGGGUAAGCAAGCAUUUGCAUAAGCUGGGCGAGGCGCCCUUAGUCAGCGCACCGUUUGCGCAUUUGGAGGACGUGCUACGCGUCCUUCGAAUUGUGUGAAUGCAUGCUUUAGCCCCGCAUUGCCAUUAGUUGAAGUUAAGCAAAACGAGCGUUUUGCUCCUCUCCUCUCCUGUCGCAGACGAGAUAUCUCUCCUGGCGGCGACUUUCUCUCUCUUUCUCUCUUUCUGCCUGGCGGCGACUUUACAACCAUCACUGUUCACCGCCGGUGACAAACAACCAUCAUGGGAUCAACCUCAGUCUUCGUCCACCAAGAACACUGGCGAUCUCAUCGACUCUGGUUUUCUGGCCAUCUCCCGUGGCUGCCCAAAACUGGCCAAGUUCGAGGUUCAAGGCUGUAAUAACAUCACAGAGAUGGGAAUGAGGAACUUGGCUGGCAUGCUCCGGAAAACGCUGGUUGAUGUGAACAUCUCCUGCUGCAAAAUCCUCGAUGCUGCAUCCUCACUGCGAGCUCUGGUGCCAAUUUGGGACAGGAUCCAGCGGUUGCACAUAGAUUGUAUAUGGGACAGCCUACAGCAGUCCGAGAUUCCUAGCAAUAAGCCCGCCCCUCGACAUGCUUUCGACCUAAAUGAAUCUGCGGAGGAAGCCAACACAUCCAAUUGCUCUGCUACUGGGUUCAUGAAUGAUAGUCCCAAGAAGAAGAAAUGCAGGUACACCGGUGAUGGGUUCAUGAAUGUAGUCCCAAGAAGAAGAAAUGUUGGUCUCGGCUGCAAUACCUCUCCCUUUGGAUCCCCGUUGGCCAGCUGCUGACUCCUCUGACUUUAGCUGGAUUAGACAGUUGCCCUGCUCUUGAGGAAAUCGGAAUUAAAGUUGGUUUUCAUGGAUGAAGAAGGGAUGCAACAAAGAAGAAAAGGUGCAAAGAAAACAAUACCUGAGGUUGAUCCCGCCACCGGUGAUGGUUGUGAAGUCGCCACCGAGCGAAUGGGGAGAGAGAGGGAGGAGAGAUGUCUCAUCUGCUACAGGAGAAGAGAGGAGGGCGGAUGGUUGUGAAUGCUCGUUUUGCUUAACUUCAACCAACGGUGAUGCACACUAACGGGGCUGAAUUCUUCAGCCCUUCAAACCGUCUGAAUCAUCAUCCGUAACCAUGAUUUCAGGUCAGGUCCAGUUUGGUCAUGAGUUACACAUUCUAUGUAUGUACAGAUUUUUUGAGGAUUUUUUAUUUUGGGUUA